UGACCCACAUGACAAACCUAUCAGGCAAUGGAUGGGCCUCGUGCGUCCGAGCGCACCAGGCCUGCAGGCCCAGGGCAGCCCAGACGAUCGCCCUCAGUGCCAGACCCACCGGCCCACCGCCGUGAAUGCGAUGCGCCCCUCGUGGCGGAGAAAGAAAACCCGCACCCCUCCACCACGCCUAGCACGAGCACGACGGCGCGCCACGAGCAGACGGGAGCAGCAGUAGAACACGUUACACCGCCAUCACAUCAUCGCCCCCCCGUCAAGACCAAACAAAGUGUCAAACCAACCAAACAAACAACACAAGACGCCUCGAGCCACUUAAACAGAAGAGCCGCUGCGCCACAGCGACCGGACGACCGACGGCCGACGCAGCGCGCGCCCUGCCCCAGCGCCGGGAUCGAGAGGAAGGGAGGAGGGGAAGUGGGGAACCAGCCGGCGCGCGUGGAGCCCGCCGUCGCCGCGCGGCCUCGCCUCGGCGGGCCCAUGGGGGGAAGGCUGGUGUCCGUGCUCCGGUGGCCGCCGGACCUGGGCCUGCCCAGCCUGGCCGCGCUGCUCCCCUCGCCGCCCGCGCACCUCCGGGUCCAGGUCCAGGAGUGGUGGCAGUGGCAGUGGUCGCGCCCCGAUGAGCAGCUCGGCGCGUCGGCGCGGCGGUGGCCCGAGCUCGUGCGGGACGUGCCGCUCCUGGUGGACGCCGCGCUCUGGGGCGUCGUCACGGCCGUGGAGUCCGUCGCGCUCGUCUCCAUGAUGUGCUGCUUCUUCCUCUGCUGCGGCUGCACGCUCUGAUGAACCUCGCAGUGCCACCGAGCAAGUGCUGCUGCUGCUGCCAUUUUUAAAUUUCAGGAUGAACUAAACAAGGCCUCGGUGUUUGUCGCCGGCAAGCAAAACGCACGGAAGAAUUUACCCCGGCAGUCUUCUGUGCCGUGCAGCAAAAAAAACGGCUAUCGGGAGCUAGUAUUGGGUGGCUGGGUGCUGGACGGGGCCCGGAUAAGGACGAAACACCGUUUCUGGGGCACAACCUCUGGUGUGGUGUCAAUUCCGAACGGGUGGCUGCCUGGCUAUUAAGUUCGUAAACCUCCUUUUCCGUCGCUAUCGAGCAUAAUUUGCUUUUCAUACGAAUCAAUGUGUAUGGAGCCAAUGUGAGCAUAUCCAACGAUAACCGAAGUCUAUUAUUGCUUUGUAUGCGAAUCAAUGCGUGUGGAACCAAUUUGAGUAUAUCUAACGAUAACCAAAGUCUGCUUUUGCAUCA